GUUAUGCUGUUAUUGUGAUGUAUGAUCUAGUGUACGGAACGCUUCUUUCAGCAGCGGCAACAGUUAGUCAGACACCUAGAUAGCUUGCUUGACAAAAAAAGGCAGAACCAAUAAGCUCUUUAGACGCUUUAGUGUUUAUUAGCCACUGUUUUAAACCCUCUUCUGCCGUCUAGUUUGUUAUCCGAUUUAAUUUCAUAUUUACGGUGUUGUUAUUAGUCAGCUAGCGGGCUGGUUAAGUUAGCAUUAGCCGAGCUAACAUCCCCGACCAUGCGGUCACUAAGCUACUCCCCUGCAAAAGAAGAGGUGGAUAUCACAGUAAAACAAGAAGUAGAGGGUGAGGCUGUUAAUGUGAAAGAAGAGGAAGACGCGUUCAGAGUGAAAGAGGAGGAGGAUGUUACAUUUAAAGGAGAGGAUGAUGCAGUUUAUGGAGUGAAAGAGGAGGGAGAGAUGACUGUUACAUCGAAAAAGGAGGAGGAGGGAGAAGAGGAGGAGCCUGGAUAUCUGGGCACGGUUUCCCAAACGCAUCUUAAGGCAUCCAAUGGUUCUAACGAUGAAUUUAGCCAUAAGACGGUUUUGAGAAAACGUUCCUUGAUUAACACUAGAGAGAGACGUGACUAUCGUGGAUCUUCUUUGGAGCCUCAACAACCUCAUGAUGCUGAUGAGGCAGAGAAGAGUCUCUCCACAUUAGAACACCUCAAGAAACACCAGCAGAGACCCACAGGGAAGAGAACUCACUGCUGCUCUGACUGUGGGAAGAGAUUCACCUCAUCAGCGGGCAUUAAAAUGCAUCAGAGAAUCCACACAGGAGAGAAACCUUUUAGCUGUACUCAAUGUGGGAAGAGUUUUACUCAAUCAUCCAGCCUGAUGUCACACCAGAGAACACACACGGGAGAGAAACCAUUUAACUGUGAUGAAUGUGGGAAAAGUUUUACUCGGUCAACUGGCCUGAUGACACACCAGAGAACACACACAGGAGAGAAACCUUAUAGCUGUGAUGAAUGUGGGAAGAGAUUUGUUACAUCUAACAGUCUGACUAAACACCGGAGAAUACACACAGGAGAGAAACCAUAUAGCUGUGCUCAAUGUAGGAAGAGCUUUACUGAGUCUAGCAGUCUGACUAGACAUCGGAGAACACACACAGGAGAGAAGCCUUAUAGCUGUGAUGAAUGUGGGAAGAGAUUUGCUGAGUCUGGUUGUCUGACUAAACACCAGAGAACACACACAGGAGAGAAGCCUUUUAGCUGUAAUCAAUGUGGGAAGAGAUUUGUUGCAUCUAACAGUCUGACUAGACACCGGAGAACACACACAGGAGAGAAAUCAUAUAGCUGUGCUCAAUGUAGGAAGAGCUUUACUGAGUCUAGCAGUCUGACUAAACAUCAGAGAAAGCACACAGGAGAGAAGCCUUAUAGCUGUUAUGAAUGUGGGAAGAGAUUUACUGAGUCUGGCCAUCUGGCUAAACACCAGAGAACACACACAGGAGAGAAGCCUUUUAGCUGUAAUCACUGUGGGAAGAGUUUUACUCAGUCAACCAGCCUGAAAUCACACCGUAGAACGCACAGAGGAGAUCAAUCUUAUAGCUGUGCUCAAUGUGGAAAGAGUUUUACUCAGUCAACCAGCCUGAUAUCACAUCAGAGAAAACACACACAGGAGAGGAAUCUAAUAGCUGUGCUAAAUGCGGGAAGAGUUUUACUUCGUCUAGCAAACGGACUACACACCAUAUAACACACACAGGAGAGACAUCUCAGGUGUGAGCAGUGUGACCAGAGAUAAUGUGAUAAAAUACCUAUGAUCAAACAUCAGAAAAUGCAUACAUGAAGGAGUUGUUUCAUGGUAUCAAUGAAAUAAUGUCUCAAUGUAGAAUGUUUUAACAUUGUAGUAGGAGUAUUUUAAUAAUGUCACAAUGUAGAACUCUUAAUCGUUUGCCCCCUGUUCUAUUGAUUUCAACAUGAUCUGGAUAUUAGCCUCAGGGGGGAAUCCAGGCUCUGAAUUGAAAGAUUACUAUUUAUGUGAUGUAACAAAAAUUGACUCUCAAAAAAAGAGUUGUGUUCCACUUACCACGUUGGUGACCCACUUGAAUCAAAAUGCAACACUUAAAUGUAGCUAGCUGUUUUCUACAAAUUGUACUCUAAUCAGGGAUGUACACAUUAUUCCCAGAUUCCGUGUGGUUUUUGAGCUGUUAGUUUUAACAGGGCGUGCAACCUCAUCUCCCUCCUCUCGCACAAAUUAUUUUAGCGAUAAGUUAUGACAAAUAAGUGUUGUGUUCCUUUGUUUAGCGACCCCUACAUUUAAAUGCAUCACUCCAAAAUGUAGCUGACUGUCUUCUGCGGGUUGUCCUCUAACCAAGUGAGGUAAAAGAUAUCUCCCAUUUCCAUGUGUUUUGUUUAGUUGUGUUGGUUUCAACAGCACGAACAACCUGAUUUCCCCCCUAAUCGAUAUCAGUGAUUUAUUGCUGCUUGUCAAAACAACAGCGUUUCUGGUGCUUGUGCAGUUUAUAAGGAGCUUGUUUUAAAAAAUACAAGUAAUAUGGUUAUUGUGUCAGAUGUUUGUGUAUACAGUACAUUUUAUGUUUAGGUUUUUAAUAUAUCACAAACUGUUUCUGCAUAUUGGUUAUUGAUUAAACUGUGUACAAACUGUGUUUUAUAGCACAUUUUAUGUUUAGGUUUUGGUUAUUGAUUUGGACACGUUAAAACUGUGUUUUGACAUUGGGCUAUCCCACCUAGCAAAAUGUAAUUAAAAAUAAGACUAUACAACCAAAUAUUUCAUAUUUACAUUUCAUGUAACAUUUAAUCAUAAUUAUUUAUGUAACCAACUGACAGUUUUUGGGUACACUUAUAUUGACAUUGUUUCCCUGCUUUUAGAAUAUCAGCAUUCAUUCUCAGAUGUGCCAACCCAUAUGUACGAGAGCAUGUGGUAAGGACAACUUGGUUGCUCAUUGUCUCAAGGGUGAGCAGUCAAAAUAUUUGUGUUGUGCAUUUAACCAGUGUGUUACCAUGGAUCACAAUUUAUUUUGACACGUUUUUCCGUGUUGGAGAUGAGUUUUAUCUCUUAUUCUUAUCUGUAUUUUUUAAAUUUAAAUUGCACUGUUGGUUAGGGGCUCUUAAGUUAGCAUUUCACUGUUAGGUCUACCUGUUGUAUUCGGCGCAUGUGACUAAUAUAAUUUGAGUUUUGUUUGAACCAAGUGGACGAGAGUUCUCGAAGCUAGUGAGUUUUAGGAUUCUAUAGAAAGAAAAAGGAGAAAAAAUAUAUACGAUUGUAUAUUAUUAUUUAGAAAUAUGUGUUUUUUUCUUGUUUUAAUUGUUGACAGCCAGUAGACAUCAUGUUUAUAUUAUAGAAGGUGAAGCAUU